AUGGAUCGAUUUAAGUCGCUAAUCAAUCUAUUUGAUUAUUUUCAUUAUCCUACACAAAAAUCAAAGGAAUACAGUAAAUAUAGGCAAGAAUUGACUAAUAAGUAUGGGGAUAUAACGACAAUUAUUCUUGUGGUCUUUUUGAUUGCAAUUCCAAUCCAGAAACUUUUGAAUAUUAAAGGAUAUACAUUUUCGAAGAUUAAAAUUUUCAAGAAGACUAACCUGAGGUUGAAUAAGUGGAUUGAAAGAGAUGAGGAAGAAAGCUACAGAUUGAAUAAACUCAAGCGAUUCGUAGCUGGUAAAUUGAAGGGAUUGAUAUAUAACAUAUACUACCACGCCACUGCAAUCUUAUUAAUAAUAUUCUGGGGAUCAUUAUUAACACUUCUUUCAUUAAACGAGUCAAAUCACGGUGAUUUGAUUGUUCUUGCUAAAAGAUUAGGAAAAAUCAUUACUGUAUCGAUGCCAACCAUAUUCUUUUUAACACUUCGUCCUUCUCCAUUACCAAAUACGUUGUAUUUAGCAUUGUUACCUGUUCACAAGUGGUUAUCGAGGUUGAUCAUUGUACAGGGUGUUUUACACACAGUAAUUUACUGUGGGUACUUUCAGUAUAAGAAUACGUGGGGGAAAGCUAUUAAGUACGAAAAUUUAUAUGGAUGGGGUGCAAUGUUAGGAUUUUUAAUUAUUAUGGUAACAUCAUUGCUGGGAUUUAGAACGAGAUAUUAUCGGUUCUUUUAUUUUCAACAUUAUGUCUGGUCAUGGAUUAUAGUCAUAUGUAUUCAAAUUCAUGCAAGACCCGUCAAGGCAACUCCUUAUACCAUUGCGAACAUUUGUAUAUUGGUGGGACAAAUCAUCUAUAGAUUAAAACUUACGGACGUGACUAUAAACGAUACUGACAUGAAGGUAACUAACAUAUCUUCAAAUUUGGCUUUAGUUGAGUUUCCUAACCAUUUAAUCAAGUGCAAAUCGAUAAGUCCAGGUGCACAUAUCAGAUUGACAGAAUAUGGAUCUUCCUGGUUUGUGAGAGCUUAUAGACAAAUCAUCCCAAAUUAUCAUCCAUACACUUUAGUAUCAUUACCUCUGGAUAAUUAUCAAAAGUUGAUAGUACGUAGAGGUAACUUCCAAAUCCAAAACAAUCACAAAUAUUUAAUUUGCGGCUCUUACGACCCCAAUUUGUUAUUUUUAAGUUCAAGAAAUAGAACUAAAGGUAGCUUCAGUAUCUCUAAGUUGAGAGUCAAUGCGAAAAGAAUAUUGAUGAUAGUAGGAGGAUCAGCUAUUUCUUUUGCAUUACCAAUUUUGAGAGUCAUGAAUUAUCAUGGCGUUCCUAUUAAGAUUGUAUGGGUCAUUAAAGAUUUUAGAGACAUUACCAUUUUGAAGCAUUUUGAUGGGUUCAUCCAUGAAGAUGAUUUUGAGAUAUUUGUUACUGGGAGUUCGGAGCUAAGUCAAGAAUCCGCCAUGAAGAGAUAUGGUUCCAUAAAUGAUAUGUCAAGUAAUGGAAAUUCGAGUAUGACCUAUGAUCUUGAAAGUGAACAGCUGCCAUUACUAGGAGAAGAAAGAAAAACGAGUAUGACUAAAGGAGGUGAAAAUGAAGAUGUUGAAAUCUCUAUCGAUAAUGAAGAAGAUGAAGACGAUGAUGAGUGUGCUGUAGACCUUACAAUGAGAGAGCAUUUCUUAGACACUAUACCUAGUAGCGGUGACAACGAUAACGAAGAGCUAGAACAUUUCAUGGAUCAUGAAGAUGAGGUACAAGAUCAAAAUCUCGAAUUACCCUCCAGUGGAACCAAAUUAAAUAUCACAAGAAAAAAUAGCAUACAGCAUUCACGUAAACCAAGUAUUUCUCUCUCGAGAAAAACAAGUGUAUCCACAACAAAUGAAAUUUUUUGCCCUAUAUUGAACUCGAAUUCAACGGAUACAGCAAAGCAUUAUUUACAGCAGUUCAAAGAUACAGUGAAGAAGUUGAAAAUUGAGCAUAGAAUAUAUAAGGGUAGACCUCGUAUUAAUUACAAGUACUACAACUGGUGCAUAAACGAAGGAUUUACACAAUGCUCGGGUCCAGUAGAUGAUGGGUCUCACAACUUUGUAUGUUGUCGUGAUUUGAUUAAGGAUAAAGGCAACAAGGUAGAUUCGAAUAAAGUUUGGGUUAUUACGGCGGGACCUGCGGGAUUAGUUAAAAAUGUUAAAUUAUGGGCCAAUGAAAAUGGAUUGAAUUUUCAUGAAGAAUCGUUUUAUGUUUAG